AUGGCGUCGUCUAUCUCCACCAAACCUUUUCUCGGAGCUUCAUCAUCCGACGGAUCCUCUUUUGGAUCCCUCCAACCGUCCUCCAAACUGUACGCUCCCUCUCUUCAGCUCCCUGCUCGCCGAUCCCAUCCCAAACGCCUUGAGAUACAGGCCUCUGGUAGUACAUAUGGAACUUACUUCCGCGUUACAACAUUUGGAGAAUCUCAUGGUGGUGGUGUAGGGUGUGUAAUUGACGGAUGCCCUCCUAGACUUCCCCUCUCAGAAGCUGAUAUGCAAGUGGAUCUGGAUAGAAGGAGGCCAGGUCAAAGCCGAAUUACCACCCCAAGAAAAGAAACUGACACAUGCAGAGUCGCAUCAGGAAUUGCUGAUGGGCUUACCACUGGAUCUCCAAUCAAGGUAGAAGUGCCCAACACGGAUCAGAGAGGAAAUGACUACAGUGAAAUGUCAUUAGCUUAUAGGCCGUCUCAUGCUGAUGCAACUUAUGAUUUCAAGUAUGGUGUGAGAUCAGUACAGGGUGGUGGUAGAUCUUCUGCAAGGGAAACCAUUGGGAGAGUUGCUGCUGGAGCUGUCGCUAAGAAAAUUUUAAAGCAAUAUUCGGGAACAGAGAUUAUUGCUUAUGUUUCACAAGUACACAAGGUUGUCCUUCCUGAAGAUUUGGUUGAUCAUGAAACAGUGACACUUGAUCAGAUUGAGAAUAAUAUUGUAAGGUGCCCAAAUCCUGAGUAUGCGGAAAAAAUGAUUGCUGCAAUUGAUGCUGUUAGAGUGAGAGGUGAUUCUGUUGGUGGUGUUGUCACCUGCAUUGUUCGAAAUGUUCCACGGGGGCUUGGUUCUCCAGUCUUUGAUAAACUUGAAGCAGAACUGGCCAAAGCUCUUAUGUCUCUACCUGCAACUAAGGGAUUUGAGUUUGGAAGUGGAUUUGCAGGUACAUUCAUGACUGGUAGUGAGCACAAUGAUGAAUUCUAUAUGGAACGAAACGGCCGAAUCAGGACUAAAACCAACCGAUCUGGUGGUAUACAGGGUGGAAUAUCAAAUGGAGAAAUCAUUAAUAUGAGAAUAGGUUUCAAACCAACGUCUACAAUUUCUAGGAAACAGAACACAGUGACUAGAGACAAACAUGAAACAGAGCUCAUAGCCCGAGGUCGUCAUGAUCCCUGUGUUGUUCCGCGAGCUGUUCCAAUGGUGGAAGCCGCUGUAGCACUGGUGCUAGUUGAUCAACUUAUGGCGCAAUAUGCACAAUGCAUGCUGUUUCCCAUCAAUCCAGCUUUACAAGAACCCAUGGAAUCGAACAAGCAGGAGCUGGUGCAGAUUCCCCAUUGA